UGCACAGUGAAUUUGUUGCGAGUAUUCAAAAGUGUUUUCAGGUUGUUUUAGCGCCAAUUAUAGCAUUGUUAUCAUUGAUAGACAAUUUUCAAAGACAAUGGGACUCGGAAGCGCAUUAUUUGUGGAGUUAGCAGUGAAAAAACUGAGGCAACCUUCCACAGAAGAACCGUGCACUAUCCUCAAUAUUGACAUAAAUGAUUUACCACUUCAUGCCUUUAUUUGUGCAAAUCAUUUUCACAAAAGUGAUUUAAUAGAAGGCAAAAGAACUCAACUAAAGCAUUCAGCAGAGAAUGAAAUCAAUCUUGCCCAGGAAAUUGCCCUAAGCCAUUCAAAUAGUGAACAACUGGAAAGCAGGGAUCUACCUAGAACAAAUAAAGUCACCAGAAGUAGCAACAGAAAUGGUAUGUGAAUACAGUUUUCCUGAACAAGAUCGAACAACAGAUAGUAGCACCCUAUCAGCUUCGCUGUCAGGUACCCAGUCAUUAACUGAAACCGCUACAUUAAGUGCUUCACAAUCAGGUACUGGAAGUAUCCCAGUGACACCACAGUCCUGUACCCAUGCCUCAGAAUUAGAUAUGAUGAUUUUAAACACAUUCAUAGAAGCAAAAGGUGACAACGGAAAAGGUAUUAAGAUUUUAUUUUGAUUCUUCAAGUAUAGUCUGGUGGUAAUUAAACCUGAAGUAAAGAUUUGAUAAAAGGUGACAUUUAUGUAGAUUUGGAAAACCCACUUAAAAGGCCAAUUUGCUGGAAAGUCAUUCAAAACACGUAUAAGAAACAAAGAAAGACAAUUGACUGUUUACGAGCCAAAUCAAGAAGACAAGCAAACAAAAUUUGGUCUCUUCAAGCAUUGACAAACCAUUUGAAGCGAAUAAAUAUGAUAUCGGAGAAUGCUCAACACAUGCUUGAUGGCUCCAUUGCAGAAGACAUUUUCAACAAAAUUCAAAGAGGCCGAAAAAAAGAAAAACAUAGUGCAGAACUGCGUCGUUUUGCGCUAACUUUACACUUUUAUUCAAAAAAGGCGUACAACUAUGUACGAACAAAAAUGAAUAAAAUAUUACCCCACACCAGUACCAUAACUAAGUGGUAUGCAACAGUUAAUGGGUCUCCCGGAUUUUUGACAGAGGCUUUACAAGCACUGAAAAUAAAAAUCACAGAAGGCAGAAACCAAGAAAAAGAGAUCCUCUGCAAUCUAGUUUUUGACGAAAUGUGCAUAAUGAAGAAAGUAGAGUGGGAUGGGAAGCGAACGUACGGAUACGUGGACCUAUGCAUUGGUGAUGCAGGUGACACUGGAGACACUGUCGAAGAGGCAAGAGAGGCGCUAGUGCUCAUGCUAGUUGCACUGAAUUGUUCUUGGAAGAUACCAGUUGGCUAUUUUCUCAUUAAUGGACUCACUGGCGCAGAAAAAGCCAAUAUUUUAGAGCACUGUUAGGAUUCGUCCACUCAUCAGGUGUCACAGUUACAUCAAUUACAUUUGAUGGAGCGCCCUCAAAUGUUGCGAUGUGCAAAAUUUUAACGUGGAAGGCGACUUCAAAUCUUACUUUUUGCACCCAAUCACAAAAGACCCUGUCUUUAUAUUUUUUGAUGCUUGCCAUAUGGUGAAAUUGAUAAGAAACUGCUUUGGGACAUUCAAAAUACUGACUGAUGGAAAUGAAGAAAAAAUCCAAUGGACCUUCUUAGAAAAGAUAGCUAAGUUGCAAGAAUAUACUGGAAUGCAUGCGGCAACAAAGUUGAGGAAAAAACAUCUCCAAUGGGUGAAUGAAAAGAUGAAAGUUAAACUUGCCGUCCAGACUUUGAGCAAGAGUGUUGCAGAAGCAUUGGACUUUUUGAACAAAGAUCUGGCUUUGGCUGACUUCAAGGAUUCAGAAGCUACAGCAUAUUUUUGUAGAACAGUAAACAAUUUAUUUGAUGUGUUUAAUUCAAGGAAUAGGAUGUCAAAAAAACCUUAUGAGAAACCGUUGUCACCUGCUACUGAACAAUAUUUCAAUUUCUUAGAAGAAGCGAAGGAUUAUUUGAAAUCGUUAAAAUUAGGAGACACUAGAGUUAUACUUUCUAGAAGAAAAUUAGGAUUCAUAAUUUCAAUAAGCAGUUUAAAGGGCCUGCAUGAAUAUAAGGUCAAAGAAACCAAAGAGCUGAAGUACCUUCUCACAUAUAAGUUAUCUCAAGAUCAUUUGG